UCCGCAACUGGGCCUUUGCAGUCCCAAAGUGUCAACUUCAAACUGGAUAACUCAAUUGUUAAUCGAUAUCUUAGCGCAGCUGAUGACGAGUUCGUUUGGGCGGUAGAUCAGGACAUUCGAGAAUUCGUCCAGAAAGGCAACCAAAAAAGUGUACUAAUCUUUCCACCGGUCAACAACUACCGACGGUUCCUGAUUCACAAGGUAAGCGAAAGUCUUACCGGGGACCAUCAGCUGGUAACAUUCUCGAUCGGCGUCGGUGGCGAAAGGCGCACCGUGGUCUGUUACCGUCAUCAGCUGCUGCGAGACGUCAAGGCGACAUCGAGCAAGAGUUUCGAGGAAUCGACCGACGGAACACCGUUAAGUUGGCGAAGUACAACCGUUGGCCCAACGAGUGUUACGACUCUUACGACUUCCAACACCGUCAGUGGCAGCGACGCAUUAGUAGUUAGCAACUCCCCGCACUGCAGUUCAGUCCAGAACAGUUGCUGUUCAAGUGUUGCCAGUAACAAUAGCAAUUUUAAUUGUACAUCGACCACAAAAAGUGUCGCUUCUGGUGGUGGAAACGUUGGCAAGAAACGCACGAAGCGUGAUUCGGCCGCCAAUGCCGGUGACGGUACUACGAUGGGGGUGGACGCAGCUGCCUUCACUCAUGGUCACAAUCAUCAAACGAACAGCUUGUUUUCGGUCAACAGCGAGUAUGGAACACUGAAAAUUCCAUCGCUAGCGUCAUCGCCGCCAUCAGCCACCGCCGGUAGCAAACUUUCCUCCGUUGGCAUCUAUCGGCCACCGGCCGUCCGGAAAGCGUUAAAACUCUCGGACAACGUAGUGCAACUUGCUCCGCCGGCUGCCUGUGAACACCCGAGCAACGACUACGGCCUUGCCGUUCCCCAGCAUACCCAUAAGCAGUAUGUGACAGUUGCCCUGUCCGCAACAGCUGCUACUACUACUAAAUCUGUGUCACCAGCGGUAGCGACGACCGGUACAUCCAGUGGAACAAGCUUACCCGGUGUCGGGUCCUGUACCGGAACUACCGAUAGCUCCAAACAUAGUUGCUACCCCGGCAAGGUUGAGGAAAAUUACGAUUGCGUAAAAGGUGACAUUAGUGCAUCGCUGAAUUUGGCAUUAGCUGGCGACAAACCGGUAGCAGAUGACUCUGAUUUAGCGCAAUCCUUAGCAGAUAGAAACAAUAAUAAUAGUAAUAACGAACCGGCCCAGCAACUAGAGCAGUCGACAAACGCCGUAGACACUAGUCAAGGAAAUUCAUGCGCCAGUGAUACUAGACCGGCCCGUUUGCACCGGGAACGACGCCCAGAUCGCGCCGUCUACAUUCCACGGGCCCGCCGUAGUCAGACUACUCCACCGGUAACGGCGCAGUUACCCCAACAGCAGCACCAACUGGUUCAACAACAGCAAUCUAGUACUACUUCUUCCUCAACAAACGCUUUCUGUCUGAGAGCAGACGCCCCUACCCCGUCAGUCUCGGCAGCAGUCACUUCUGGUAUCUCGUACUCUCUAAGCUUUCCGCCAAAGGCGGCCAGGAAAGAGCGUAGCUCUCAUGGUUCCACUGAUAAGGACCAUAAAUCCAAAACGAAAGAUAAACCGCCCCCAGCCGAUUGUAAUUCUGUGAUAGGGAACCAUUCUUCGAAUGAUUGCCGGACUGAUAUUCGCAGCGAAUAUUCGAAUACGGCUUUAAGCUUUGGAAAGAAUCGUAGUCAUAGCGUAGAGGAAGGAGUAGCCAAGACUGGAAUCGACCAGGAAAUAGUUAAACUGAAAAAGCAAAAGUCCGAAGAAGCUCCACGCGAGAACGCCUUUGCUCAAGGCUGUGAUCUCGUACCAAAAUCCAAUAGCAAGAAGGAAUCUUCUAAAAGAGAACGUUCCGCAAGUAGCAUUUCGGGCGAAGUGGUGAACGGAAGUACAAAUCCGAAAGCAGUAGAUAGUAUGAAUAAAUCAAAUAAGCAUCGCAGUGCCAAGCAGCAGUCGACUGCUGCGCCGUUGAUCAUUAAUGGCACAGAAGUUGCGGAUAAGCUUGAUAGAGAUGAGAAAGAACUCCGAAGAGCUUCCCAAGAGAUUAACCGUAGCAAUAGAAGAAUCAUCAAGCAAACAUUUGCCUCCGAUGUGUUGGAAAUUUCCGAACAAGUAGCGACCGAGAAAAUAGAUCAGGCAAAUGGUCAAACCAAAUCGGAAGCUACGCGACAGGUUAAUCCCGAGGAAGACGACUGGGAAUCGAUCUACGAUGAUAAUGGAGACUGCCUUAAUCCAAAGCUCAUGGAGGAGUUGACGUCGGCUGUGGGGAAGGUUUCUAUCGAGGUUCCUAAAUCGGAUUAUAAGUUAUACCAAUCGAAACACGCUGCCCUCAAUGAGGAAGAAUUCCCCCAUGUCUUGGAGGUGUCCAAUUUUCCGGUGGAAUUCAAAACGCAGGAUCUCAUGAUGCUCUUUUCGCAGUAUAAGGAAUCUGGGUUUGACAUCAAAUGGGUUGAUGACACUCAUGCCUUAGCGGUGUUCAGUAGUUCCAAAAUUGCCGCCGAAGUACUCGCCAAUGGUCAUACGUUUGUUAAACUGAAACCGCUUGCUGAAGCAACCGUCGAAUCUCGGUCCAAGGCCAGGAAGUGUUCCAGCUCACUGCAACCAUAUCGACCCCGGCCGGAAACAUGCGCUGCCUUGGCACGUAGGCUUGUGACUACCGCCCUGGGCGUACGACUGAAAACUGCCCCCGAGGAGCGAGAAAAUGAACGACGCGUUCUGCGGGAAGCCAAGGAACGGAAACUUCUCGCUGCCAAACAACGGGAUGAAAUAUGGGAAAGCUAAGGCUUCGACGGUUUAUCUUUCCCCUGGUAUCAGUAACUUGUUUAGCUAGUUUUUUAGCACGGCUGCCAUAAAUAAGUGAGUGUGUAUUAAUAAGGAUCUACUACUGUACAACGGAACAACGCUCCGUGUGGUGAGCUUGAUCUUUUUGGUUUGUCAGCAGAUGGGUUAUGCUACCGCCGAACAACAUAUAUUUCUAACCAAUUUUAAGAGUAACUUUUCAAGUCUAUUAUCAAUCUAAUAAUCAGAAAGAGCAUUGGACUUCAACGGUCACCUGUCCUACGGUUUUGCUAGGACAUUUGUCUGAAAGAGUGAUCUUGAAACACAAUAAACAAUAAGAAAUAUAAAGUUAGAGUGAAAUCAAUUAUACUUAUAUUUAUGAUCUAUUAUAAAUCAAAACGGUAGUUGUACAAACAAAUGAGUAAACUUUAUUUACAUGUUUUAGCGUACAUGGAUCCCAUUAAGGAUAGGAGGUUAUUUUAC